UAUAUUCUUUGUUGGAGUAAUUUCAUCUAAAACAUAAUCACAAAAGAUACUCAGAUUCAUCCUCAAGCAACUUUGUACUUCAUCUGGCGUAAACGGAAUGGAAGAGGCCAUCAAGAAAGUCCUUCUUUCUACUACCAGAAUACAACUUCUGGAUAAAAAUGUUCGGGACAGGUUGUUUAUCACAAUCCAAAGACUGGGAGACAAGAAAUAUGAGCAUGGUUUGGGUUAUGGUUAUCUACAAGAAACACUAACGCAACAUAUAUUUUUAGGAGGUUUCUUUAUUCUUUUACUCUUUCACAAUAAGCUGCAGCUUGAUGUAAACAAAGGCUUUGAUUAAAAUAAAUUUAACAUCCAAUUCAAAACAAAAAAAACAAAAUCACAAAUAUUAAGUAUUUAUUAUUCCAUCAUAAUAAUAUUAAUAUAUGCAUUUUUGAAAAAUUGAAGAGCACAAUUAACUUAUGUUAACAAUAACAUAUGCACUAUGCGUUAAAAAAAGAAUUAUCCCAAAUAAGAAUACCAAAAAGUCUUUAUGAGUUAAUUCCUAAACGUGUUUAGUUAACCACAUAUUUAUCAUAUUUCUUUCCACAGCCUCAACUGCAACUUUGGCCGGCCGAUCAUCAUGACUUCGGCAGAAGUUGAACCAACCAAAAAGAACAAGACGGUUCCUGAGCCAGCGUCGGCGUUUUCUUCACUACCAGACGAAAUCAUAGAGAACAUUCUUUCCCGUGUUUCGAGAUGGAAGUACCCAUCGCUCUCUCUCGUCUCUAAGAGAUUCCACACUCUGUUAUCAUCUAUGGAGAUCUACAAGACGCGAUCUCAAAUAGGAGCCGAUGAAACAUGCAUCUAUGUCUUGUUAAUGUUGCCCGAUCACCCAUGUGUGAGAUGGUUUAGUCUUCGGACGAAACCUAAUAAUCAAAACCGAACCAAACGGAGAGGUAAGAUUAGGUUUAAGCGGGACUCGAAUGAAUUUUCUGUUGUUCCUGUACCUUCAUCUUCUACAGAUUCUUUCCCCGAACUAUGUUCCAUCGAAACAGUUGGUUCGGACAUCUACAUAAUUGGUGGACCCUACAACGAACCGUCUUCCUCUGUUCGGAUAUUUGAUUGUCGGAGUCACACUUGGCGUGAUGGCCCUAACAUGACCGCGGCUAGAAAGCAUGCACAUACAGUUUUACUCGAUGAAAAAAUAUAUGUGAUGGGAGGUUGCGAUAUUGACGUGUACUAUGCCAACUGGAUUGAGGUAUUUGACACAAACUCUCAGUCUUGGACAGCCUUUCCUGGUCCUACAGUCGAUGAGUUAUGCAACCACUUACGCAAAAGACACUAUUAUAUAGUUAAUGUGUUCGAAGGGAAAAUUUACUUAGUACUGACACAUGAUAAAGAAUACACUUACGAGCUGAAAGAUGGCACAUGGAAACUUGUAAAAGAGAUAUCGAGUUUCAUAUCCGAUGAUUUCGUAGAGGCUUGGUGUGAGAUUGGGAAGGUAAUAUGCUGUUGCACUGACUCCGGUGAUUUAAUGUGGUCUGCCUCUGAGAUUGAGGGUAGAGUGUGGAAAGAGAUUAAGGGUUUGAAAAAAUUGCAAGAGCACCCUACAAGAGGUUUAAAAACUGGGUAUGGGUUUGCACUGUUGUACUGUGGUGGCAAACUUUUACUCCUGUGGUACUCCAGAAGCAGUUCUAUGAUCAAACGAGGAGACGUAAUUUUGUACGCAAAGAUUUCUUUAGAAUCAAGACGCAAUGGACGUGAGGUGUGGGGCAAUGUUGAGUGUGUUGAUGUGCUUACCUUUCCUGUCGAAUCAUAUUUUUGUAUUGAUUGUGUUGCUGCGUCGGUUUGAUGUCCCUUCGAGUUGGUAUGAGUUGUUCCUUUUGCUUCCAACAUGUGUGUUUUGUUUCAUUAUAGUGUUUAAAGAAAAUAUUUUUGUUGCAAAAUAAAUGAUGUUCUGGUUAUUUUAGAUAGAGUUUAAUACAUUUAAAAUUUAUGGAACUACAAAACAGUAUUUUUAUAUUUGUUGAACUACUUUUAUUCAAUGACAUUUUAUAUAACCAAAAUAAAUUGUAUAAAUAUUUGUACUUUUUAAUCAUUGUGUAAAAAUUUUAAAGCCUUUGGUUGAGCUAGUUAGCUCUAACCUAUGCUCUCCAUUUAAUAAAGAGAAAAAUAUAAAAAGCAAUAAGGAUAAGAAGAAAAGGAUGCAUACUCUCCCAUGAGAGUUGCUGCAAUGAAUGUGAGAACAUUUUAUGACAAAUGUCAUAUAACAAGUGAUAGAUUUUAAUUUUUGGUAUAAUUUAUUUAUUUAAUAUACUAAUAAUAUUACUCCUUCCGUUUUUAAAUAUAAGUUUUUUUAGAAUUGUGCACAUAGAUUAAAAAAUCAUUAUUUUUUUAUAUUUUUU